AUGGCGGUUUCCUCUUCUAAUCCGUGGGCCCGGAGCCUCGCCCCUGGGCCCCACGAUACAGACCGGAGCCAGCUCCGUCCCACUGCUCAACAGUCUGUCUCCCUCUCUUAUAAAUACGCCCCCACCCUCUCCCUCCCUCUCUCCAGCUCACCUCUCGCAAAAUUCUCCAACCCCCCAGCGAGUCUCCCCUUCUCAAAAUUCCCGAUGGCCCAAGAAGACGUCAUUGCCACCGAGCCCAGCCCAGUUCAGCAGCCCAGCCCAAAAAAACCCUCCUCGCCGCCGGCUGUCGUCAAGUCGGGCUCCUUCAGGGAGGAGAGCAACUCAUACUCCGACUCCAAGAGCACGAGAAAGCGGCCCUCGACGAGCUCAGAUCCCUCUCCGAUCCGAGCUCGCCGCCCCGCCGCCUCCUCCGGCGGCGGAUCCGCCGUCCGCCGGCGGGGCAAGGCCGAAAACGCCGACGACGGGCGCCAAGACGGUGGAGGCCAUCGAUCCACGUCGUUCCCGGCCGCUCCACGCGGGGCGGCGGAGAGCCCGCGCGUUUUAUGGGGAGUCCCGCUCCUCGAGAGAGAGCCGACACCGGUCUUGCUCAAGUUCCUGCGGGGCCGGGACUUCAGGAUGCGAAGGGUCGAUGGAGAUGAUAAGGCCCAAACCAAAAUUGGAGGUAGGAGUUCGGGAUCGAGAAGGCUGGCGGGAGGAGGACCUCGGUGCGUGUACAUCGUCGCGGGAUGGGCGGGCCGUGUUCAUGGCGGCGGCGUCGACAGGGAGGGGCCACCCGUCUGGAGUCUGCCCGACCUUCAAGCCCGCCGGGUCUCGACGGGUGCAGCGUCACCGACCUCACGGCACUCGCCGGGGCUGCUGAAGGCCGAGCUCCGCCAAGCCCUCGACAUCCUCCAGAACAAUUACCCUGAAUUCGUCGCGAAACAGAUCUUCAUCAACGUGCCGUGGUGGUACCUCGCGUUCAACAAGAUGAUCAGCCCGUUCCUGACCCAGAGGACCAAGAGCAAGUUUGUCUUCGCUGGGCCGUCCAGAUCGGCGGAGACCCUGUUCAACUACAUUUCUCCCGAGCAAGUCCCGGUUCGAUUUGGAGGGCUACUGACCCAGGAAAAUGAUCCUGAUUUCGCCCCCGCCGACGUCGUCACCGAGGUCACCGUGAAGCCUGGCUCCAAGCAAAUUAUAGAGAUGCCAGCCGCUGAGAAAUGCCUUCUUGUGUGGGAGCUCAGAGUACUGGGUUGGGAUGUAAGCAUUGGUGCUGAGUUCGUUCCGAGCUCUGAGGAUGGAUACACCGUGAUCAUAGACAAGUUGAAGAAACUGGGGGCAAAAGAUGAGGCCGUUGCUAAGAACAGCUUCAAGAUCGCCGAGCCCGGCAAGGUGGUGAUCACUGUGGACAACGCUACCUCAAAGAAGAAGAAGCUCCUAUAUAGAUACAAAUCGAAGGAGUGCACCGAGUCCGUUUGAAUUAAUUGCUCGGGAGAGGAAAAUUAAGUUUAGUCGUUGACCGUAGGGAAGCAGAGGAGUUGCAUCCGUUAUUUGUUUGUUGUUUUGGUGAGCUGAAGUUGAAUUGGUGUGGAUAUUUUUUUGUGAGAGAUUUGAGUUGGCAUCGUGUUUAAUUAUUAUUUUGGAAUGGUAGAGAGAGGAGGUGAUGGAGUUGAUGUCGAAGCUGUUUUGUCUGUAAAAUUUCUGUGUAUGUUGAGGACUUUGGUCGUGGAAAGAAUCUACAUCUUGUUCCCUU